ACGGCGAGAAGGCCAUUACCAAAUAAAAAACCAGAGGACUGGAUUUGGUGUCAGAUUAGGGUUUUGGUAGUAGGCCAAAAACUUGAGAUUGAGAUCCGCGUUUGAAAGCAUAGAGGCUUCUUCAAUUUGGAUCGCGUUUAAUCUAAUAGGCUGUCUGUUAGUAUAGAUUCAAGUUGUGAAGGGAUUUGGAGAACACAGUAAAGAGACUAGGGGUUUCGAAUCUGAGAGAGUAAGAUUGAGGUUUUUAGGUUUUGAUCGGACCGGAAAUUGGAACUGAUAAACUAAAGACUGGGAAUUGGAGCCGGAAAAGAAGGGGUUCUUGGGAUUAUACGUAAUAUGCGGGGAUUGCAGAAACGGGUUACUUGGGCUUCAGAUGUUAAUCUUCAGCAGGUUAAGUUGUUUCUGUUGGAAGAAUCUCCAUCACAAGUUGGGUUGAGUGCUCAAGAUCACCUCCAGGCAAAGACAUCAUGGUUGUCACAUUCAUCUGGAACAGGCUCUGAUGACAAUCUGCCCCCUGGUUUUGAGAGUGCUCAUCCAUCAAAUCAGCUACAGAUUGACUUGUCUCAAAUUCCUCUAAUUAGAUGGAAAACCCCUCCAAGGGUUGUACUGAACUUUGCUUGGCAAGUUGUUGCUGGGGAAGAAAGCAAAGAGGUGGAGAGUGAAAAUCAGAGAGAGUUACGAGUACUGGAAGCAGUUUAUCCACGACCGUCUGCUAUUCCUCCCAACCCCUUUAUAGAUGUGGAGGAGUCUAGUCACAAUGAUGUACAACCUCUUUCGAUACCUAUUACUCCUAUUGAGGAGGAAGAUGUAGCAAUUGCUACAUCAUCUGAAUUGAUGGUGCCAUUUAAGAUUCCCACAAGUUCACCAUCCUUCCUAUCAAUGCAUGGAACUCCUGCCCAAUCUCAAAGCAAUGCAGCUAGUAAUAGGGAUCUCAUGGCCUCUAACAAGCCAACAGCUGGGACCCCUAUAGGGUUAGAACCGAAUGUCGUAGCUGCUGCCCUUGGUGCAAUCAUGAAUGGCAACAAUGAGCAAGGAAACAUUGACCAUGAAUUGCUGAUUAAGAUUCUGAGCAACCCAAAGAUGAUUGAGAAAUUAGUUACAGAUCCACAGGCAGUGACUAGAUCACCAUCCAUGAGUUCAUCAGAUCCAAUCCCUCUUCACAUCAAUAACGCAGAAAGUAUCACACCUUUGUCAACCGCUCCAUCAAGUGGACAUUUUUAUCCUCAAGCAAAUAUGGGUGGAAUGGGACAUCUUUCUGAUCCAUCUUUGUUAUCAACUGUUCCAGUUUCUUCCUCACCAGCUGUUGGACCACCAGCAAAGGAUAUCAACUAUUAUAAAAGCUUGAUUCAACAACAUGGAGGGGAUAGACAUGACUCCUUUCCACCAUUCAGCAAUCAUCGUAGUCACCCAGGAAACCAAGAAUCCUUUAAUGGUUACAAAUCAAGAGAUCCAAAGCCUAAGAUUAUGAAGCCUUGCAUAUAUUUCAAUAGUUCGAGGGGAUGCCGCCAUGGAGCAAACUGUUCAUUCCAACAUGAUGCGUCUUUUCAACAGCAGGGUAGUCGUGUCCCUGAGGUGCAGAGUAGUAAGAGAAUGAAAUUCGAUAGGGAGAUAAGUAGCUAAUGUAGUGCUUGUAUGUACAUUUUUCCCUUCCGAAUGAAGAGCCUUUAGUGUGGCUCAACUUUCUUUCAGAUUUGGUUCUGUCAAAAUUGGUUUAAUUUAUUAUCAUACUCUUAUCGUUUGCGGC